UCUCUUCUCUGUUUCUUCUUCUCUCUAUCUCAAAGGGUUUAGGGUUUAAGACUCUCCAAGAAAUUUGGAUUUUUUCUAACAGAUCUGAUCACCAAAUCUAUUCCGGGUUUGUGUUAUUAUCUUCUAAGAUCACCGAAUCACUUAAUUUUCGCGAAAAGUUUCUUGCUUUUCCCCUUUUUUCUCGGUUGUAGGAUUUGAACAAACUCUUUAGGCUUUGAGAUCAAAGAAGAAAGUUGAAAGCUUUUUUUUUGAAGGAGGGGCUUAAUGGCGCUUAAACCAAAGCCAAGAUCUGAAAUCGAUGUCUCAGAUUGUUCUGGGAAACAACAGUCUGAUGAUGGUAAUGGAGUUAGGUGUGAAGAGGAGGACGAGGAAGUUGAAAUCAUGGAGUGUUUUAAUCUGAUUGAUGAUGUGUUUCCAGAAGAAGAAGGAGAAGAAGAGGGUUUGUGUGAAGUGUCGUCUUCUUCGAGUUCUUUUGGUGAUUCAUUGUGUGAUCGUGAUGCUGAUGAUUUUGGUUUUGGUGAUGGAGAUGAAGCUCAGUCUAUGUUGAGCAAAGAUUACCCAUUGCCUGAUGGGACUGAGUUUUUGGGUUUGACUAAGAAGAAGACUGAUGAGAGGUGGAAGAGACUAACUAAGUCUUUGAUGUGGAGAUGCAAGUGGAUAGAGCUUAAGGUUAAGGAGAUUGAGUCUCAAGCUAGAGGGUAUGAGAGAGAAGUUGAAGAUUACUAUUUGACUAAACAGUUUGAUUUGGAGAAGUCUAAAAUGGAAGGGCUUGAUGGGAAAGCGAUUCCUUUUCGUGAACACACUGAAAAGAGGAAUGUUUUUAAGAGAGGAAGAAGGAAACGAGUGGAAGAGACUACAGAUGUUGCAGCUUAUAUGUCUAACCAUAAUCUUUUCUCUUAUUCCGAGAAACGGGUGCCAGUAAAUGUUAAGUCGCAGUAUCUUGAUUCAGAUAUUGGUACAGGCCGCAAAGCUACAGGCAAGCAAGAUGGAACUGAAGAUGAUUGUCUUCUAUCUGAGUUAGAUUGUUCUGAUGAUUUCUUAGCAAAGCUUCUGAUUAAGAUUGAUGAGGCACAGGUCAAAGCAAGAAGUUUAAAGAAGCGUGUUGAUCAGUUGAUGUUGGAUUCUCAGACUUCAUUGAUCCCUGAAACGAUAGCUCCCUGUCAUCCAGACUUUAGGAUACAGAAUGGCAAACAAUAUGCUCUUGUUGAAGAUCCGUUGACUCGUAAUCAGAGAGAGGCGAGUGUGCAAUGUAUACCUGCUGAUCAUACCGAACAUCUAUUGGUGCCUCAAAUUCCUCCCACUCAAAGUGGUGGGCAAUGUUUGACUAAAAACUCUCCAAUAUCAUCUAAUAGCUUAAGAUUUCACCCUAUCCUUGAAGACCUGCUAAUGGAUGACAAAGAGAUGAAUGAUGAGGACUUGGAAGCAGACGAGGAGAAGCUUGAUUACUUCAGGAAGCUAAUCAAUGAGAUUACAGGCGUGGUAUCACCAGAAGAAUCAAAUGCAGAAAAAGAUCCUCAACCGGCUACCAAGAGGUGUAAAACUUCUCACUGAAGCUCUUUCUCUGUACAGGAGCCUUAUCUUCUUGCUUGGUGAACCAUGUCCAUAAAGCUCUUAGAAGAUAGUAAUAUCGUAUAUUUCGUUCAUUCUUCUCUCUCUCUCUCUCUACUAACUCUUUGGAUUUGGUUCUUUGAGAAUUCUGAGACCAAAAUAGGUUUCAGAGUUUGUGCACAGUUUAUGUGACUUAGAUCCGUAUCAUAGGCUAUCUAUCUAUCUUUCUUGUUCUAUAUGAGUCGUAGACCCUUUAUUACUCUAAAUGCAAAUCUUCUUGAGCUU